AUGGCCUUGACAAUACUCGACUUCAUUACUGGAAACAAAAAUAAGCUCGCCGAAGUCCGGUCAAUCCUUGGUGACGUUAUUGAGGUGGACAGCCAGACAGCCGAUAUUCCUGAGAUCCAGGGAACAAUCGAAGAGGUCGCUGAAGAAAAAGCCAGGUGGGCAGCUGAAGUGAUAAAUGGACCUGUCCUAGUGGAAGACAGUGCGCUCGAAUUCAGUGCGCUUAAUGGUCUCCCUGGACCCUAUAUAAAAUAUUUCCUCAAUGCUUUAGGUCUCGAGGGCUUAAAUAAAAUGCUCGAUGGAUUUGAGGAUAGGACAGCCGAGGCUGUAUGUACGUUUGCGUUCUGCCAGGGACCCGGGGCUAAGCCUAUCCUAUUCCAAGGAAGAACGAAGGCGAGAAUCAUACGGCAGUGUAUCCUUAACUCAAAUCUGACUGUCUUUAUCCAGGGUACCAUUGUGCGGCCACGAGGUCCAGUCAACUUUGGCUGGGACCCUAUCUUUGAGUAUGAUGGAAAAGUCACAUUUGCUGAGAUGACACAAGAGGAGAAGAACUUGGUCUCCCAUGGGCACAAGGCGCUAGUAAAGCUGCAGAAGUGGCUGUCCCACGGCCAGGAACAACUGGUCAAAGACGUAUAA